ACUGUGCAAGGCACUGAAGCUCACAGUGACUUAGACCCUCUUUCUAAGGUACCAUGUAAGGGAAGACAGACCCAAAAUCUGAUGCUUUCUCUGUAAAGUGGUCAGUGAGGGUGCAGGACGGAAGGAUUAUGGGAACUCAGUCAAGGAGGGCUUCCUGGAGGCAGCACCUAAGUAUAAUCUCAGAGGAAACAGGGGUGGGAGGCCCAAGGGAAUGCCAAGAGCAACCACAGGUUCAAAUCAAACAGCACGUCUUUGUCUGGAAAUAAAGCAUUUCAGUGUGGUGGAGCAUGGAGUGGCAGGAAAGAGAGGGCCUUAUACAUUGUACUUACCCUACUGGGAGCUUGGGCCUGACCUCCAGGCCGAGUGGGUGAGUGGGUUGUGCUCCCUUCCUUCAGCUGUGCCAAGUGCCAGAGUUCUGCGGGCAGGCUGGUUUGCAUCGUGCAGUGGGAGCCAAUGAAGCGCUCCUGAGGGAUCCUAAGCAUAAGGGUGAUCUUGCCACAUUUGUCUUGUAUGUAGGUCAGUGGCUGUGCAGCCGAUGAGUUCAGACACAUCUUACCACAUCUCACUAUGUGGCAAGAUGACCGGUUGCUGGAUCCCUUCUUUCCUUCGUCACUUAUCUGGGAAGAUCUUGCCAAAACAACUUUCCUAGUAGACGGGUAUCUUCCUUUCCUCUCUGUUCCCAGGCCAGAUAGCACCCUGCUGCAGACUGGUCCCCACGCCCCGCAGCCACUGCCUUGCCUGGAAACCCGCAGUGGCUGUUCCCUGCUUCCCAGCCGGAGCCCUCUGUGCUGGCCAGGUCGCUCACUGACCUCCCCCCUCUGCUGGGUCCUGCAGUCCCCUCUGCUGGAAUCUCCUUGCCUUUGUCUCUCUCUCUUUCUGUCCAGAUUGUACUACUCUUGCAAAAGGCGCAAGCUCAGUUUCCUCCCCGUCAAAGGCAACCUCAGCCCGUGCUGGGCUCUCCCAUCUCAGAAUCAGUCACUGUCUUGUAUUGUUAAUUAUUUUUUCGUGUAUUUACCUCAAUUCUUCAGGCAUAUUUUCUUUUUAAGAAGGGGGCAAGUGUUUUGUUCUCAUUAUGAGCCCCUCGUGGCACCUGGCACAGAGUAGUAGACACGCAAAUGUUGAUUUUGCUAUGUCAAAUGUUUUCACUUUGCGCCUCUCUUAGGGUAUUGUUCUCCUCGUAUUUCCGUUAUGACAUCUCAUUUUCAACUCCCCCCCCGGCCCCGAAAACCUCUCCUUUUUGUGCAGUGGGUGAUCAUCGAACAGGGAUGCUUUGCCUACUCCAUGGUGAUUGUUCCUCUUUACGACACCCUGGGAGCCGAAGCCAUCACGUACAUAGUCAACAAAGCUGAACUCUCUCUGAUUUUUGCUGACAAGCCAGAUAAGGCCAGGCUCUUAUUGGAGAGUGUAGAAAAUAAGUUAACACCAGGCCUUAAAAUCAUAGUUGUCAUGGACACCUACGGCAGUGAUCUGGUGGAACGAGGCAAGAAGUGUGGGGUGGAAAUUAUCAGCAUGAAGGCGAUGGAGGACCUGGGAAGAGCUAACAGGCGGAAGCCCAAGCCUCCAGCACCUGAAGAUCUUGCAGUAGUUUGUUUCACAAGUGGAACUACAGGCAACCCGAAAGGAGCACUGAUCACUCAUCGAAAUGUAGUGAGCAAUUGUUCAGCUUUUAUGAAAAUGACACAGAAAGCACUUGUCUUGAAUGCCAGUGACACACACAUUUCGUUUUUACCACUUGCACACAUGUAUGAGCAGCUCAUGCUGGCUGUAAUGCUGUGUCACGGAGCUAAAAUAGGGUUUUUCCAAGGAGAUAUCAGGCUCCUCAUGGAUGACCUCAAGGUGCUUCAACCCACUGUCUUUCCUGUGGUUCCGAGGCUGCUGAACCGCAUGUUUGACCGAAUUUUUGGACAAGCCAACACCACACUGAAGCGAUGGCUCUUGGACUUUGCCUCCAAGAGGAAAGAGGCAGAGCUUCGCAGCGGCAUCAUCAGAAACAACAGCCUGUGGGACAAACUGAUCUUCCACAAAAUACAGUCAAGCCUGGGUGGAAAAGUCCGGCUGAUGAUCACAGGAGCCGCACCCGUGUCUGCCACUGUGCUGACGUUUCUGAGAGCAGCCCUCGGCUGUCAGUUCUAUGAAGGCUACGGACAGACUGAGAGCACUGCCGGGUGUUGCCUGACUCUCCCUGGAGACUGUACGGCAGGCCACGUUGGCUCCCCGAUGCCUUGCAACUUUAUAAAACUCGUCGAUGUGGAAGAAAUGAAUUACAUGGCUGCCAAGGGCGAGGGUGAGAUCUGUGUGAAAGGGCCCAACGUAUUUCAGGGCUACCUGAAGGAACCAGCAAAAACAGCAGAAGCUCUGGAUAAAGACGGCUGGUUACACACAGGGGACAUUGGGAAAUGGUUGCCAAAUGGCACCUUGAAGAUUAUCGACAGGAAAAAGCACAUAUUUAAGCUGGCACAAGGAGAAUACAUAGCGCCUGAAAAGAUUGAAAAUAUCUACGUGCGAAGUGAGCCUGUUGCUCAGGUGUUUGUCCACGGAGAAAGCUUACAGGCAUUUCUCAUAGCAGUUGUGGUACCAGAUGUUGAGACAUUAUGUUCCUGGGCCCGAAAGAAAGGAUUUGAUGGGACUUUUGAGGAAUUGUGCAGAAAUAAGGAUGUCAAAAAAGCUAUCCUAGAUGACAUGGUGAGAAUUGGAAAGGAUUCUGGUCUAAAAUCAUUUGAACAGGUCAAAGGCAUUGCAAUACAUCCUGAAUUAUUUUCUAUUGACAAUGGCCUCCUGACACCAACGAUGAAGGCGAAAAGGCCAGAGCUACGGAACUAUUUCAGGUCACAGAUAGACGAACUUUAUUCCACCAUCAAGGUUUAACGUGAGGAAGAACGGUCGGAAGAAACGGCACACCCCACAGUCUCCUGUUCUACUGAUGGCCUUCACGUUGGUAAUUUUGACGACAGCAAGCAUAGGGAAGGAAACGUGCGCAUUUACCUUGUCUACUCGGGGUUCUUGUCAUAGGAAUAUUAGAGGACAUGGAACACUGCCUUAUAGUCACCUCGUGUUGUAGACCAUGUUUAUGGUGAUAUACGAUUCCCAAAAUGAGCCUUAAAAAUUGUAAAGGAAAAACUAUAAAUGUGUUAAGUUAUUUGAGACUCCCUCAGUUAAGAAGGCGGGUUUUAAAACUUCUGUCUCCCUGUUUUUCUAACCAAGGGGUUAGGACUUUGCUAUCUCUGAGCUGUCUGCUACUUGCUGCAAAUGCUGCAGUCCUCUGCUGCUCUAAAGAGUACAGUGCACUGGAGGGAAGCUGUCCUUUUAAAAACAAGAGCAACUGUCCCGGCUGGAGAAUGUCACAAGCGGACCAGAGAUUUUUUUUUAAUCCCUGCCACCGACCCUUCCCCAUCUCACAGGCACUCACGCUGCCCUUCCGACUGACUCGUAAGGGUUAGGAAACUCAUGCUCUUCUCCACAGUCCCCUCUUGUUCCUGUUGGAGCAUAGGUUUCCAGUAAACCUAAGGACAGAUCCAACUCGGAACAGUGCAGGUACGGAGUCUCGACAGAUUCUCACUUGGCAGAAUGCUCUCGGGCUCUGUUCUCCAGACCUGAAUCCCUCCCUCCCUUCCCAGGGAUUAUUUAAAAAUCUGCCUUAGAUUCAACAGUGAAGACAAGCAUUUCAAGAAAGAAAGAAUUACCUGGAUCAACCAUGCUCAACUGUGAUGCCUGAAUAACUGUCUACUUUAUCUUCACUGAACCACUCACUCUGUGUGUGUAACGGCCAAUGGAUUUUUAAUAUGGUUUUCAUAUCAAAAAAUCGUGUUGUGAAUAACUUGAUUUUCUCCCCUCCAAAAUAAACUCUCAGGCAAAGCAUGUCUUUAAAAAUAUUAAGGGAGUAGAUAUACUCGGGUACUUAUUGGAAUGGACAGAAAUAAACAAAUGUUCUCAUAGCAUAAUGCUACCUGAUUUCUAUGAAAUGUAUUUGACAAGCCAAAAUUCUAGGAUGUAGAAAUAUGGAACGAUCAUUUCCUGGGAUUAACUUCUCAAGGGAUUUUUUUUUUUUUUACAUUAAUUUGGGAAAAUAACAGCGUUUCACUUUAUUUCGAGUCUUGGCCACAUUUGACUGAAUUGAGCUGUCAUUUAUACAUUUAAAGCAACUGUUUUUGGAUAUGUGAGAGUACAUGUAUUAUACAAGCACAACAGGGUUUGCACUAAAGAAUUGUCAUUGUAAUAACAGUAUUUGGUAGCCUAACUUCAUAUGUAUUCUUAAUUGCACAAAAGUCAAUAAUUUGUCACAUUGGGGUUUUGAGUGUUUGCUUUAAGUGUUGGCUAUUUCUAUGUUUUAUAAACCAAAACAAUUUCCAAAAACAAUGAAGGAAACCAAAAUAAAUAUUUCUGCAUUUCGAGUGA